UUUUUUACAUCUAGUUGUUGUUGAUAAACAUCAAGUAGGUGAGCUAUAAUUCUUGUAGGAAUAAUAAUAAAGUAUAUUUUAUGAGGAGAUUGCUACAGUUAUUUUAAUAUUAUGAAGAGGCAAUAAGUUUGUCAAUCUUAAAGAAAAGCAUUAUUUUAAGCCCAGAUAUAGUCUACUGUAAAACAAAAAUGACGUCUUCGACUGGUAAAAAUGCUGAUUCUUUUAAAAUCACUGACCAAAGCUCUUUAGAUUUACAAAUAUCUGUAGAUGAAAAAGAUGAUAAUAUCAUACACAGCUCUGAAAUUAUACAUAAUUUCAAGCUAAUGCCUGAGUUCCUUGAUGAUAAAGUGAUACCAGAUCUUACAAACAUAAAUCCUUGGCCAGCAACAGAAGCUGUAGCGGAUCUUUUGGGAAUCUUCGAUGAUGAGACAAAUCUAAAGUCAUUCUGGAUCGUAGAUACUUUAGCUCACAGUCUGAAGCAAAUGCAAGACCAAGGAGUUCAACAGACGAACCAAAAAGCAUUUGUUUAUUGGUUCUUUUAUAUUCUUGAAAACAUUCACGUGCAUGAUUGGUCUCGUGAAGAAACAUUCACAAAACUGAAAGAGCUUUUGCUGAGAGCUGAGAAAAUUGUAUUUUUUCAAUCAGAGAAGAUUCCAGCUCCUCAAGAUUGCUCUGACAUAAUUGUAAUUGUUGAUCCAAGAUCAUCAAAAAUGGAAGGUGGUGAAAUGGACGAAAAAUACCAAAUAUCUGAAAUUGUGAGGGAAAAGAAUUCAACUGAUCUGAGCAUACUUAUUGACCUCAUCUACAAAAUAUUUGCAAACCAAUUCAAGUAUGAAGUUAUAAGAUCAACAUUUGCAAAUAUCACCAGAUGGGAAUCAAUUGAAAUUUCGAAUGCAAUAAAUAUUCCAAGAACUUUGCGGGUAGAGCCGACAGAAAAAAUUGCACGGAAGGAACAAGGGAAACGUCGUCCCAAGUCUGGCAAAGAAGUUUUAGUUGUAACUGGAGUAGAUGACAAUAGUGAAGAGCACAUUCAACCAUUACUCAAAUCGGUUGACCAAAAAUUUUUCGAUAAAUUAUUCCCCAACGUCAGUUCUGCCAAGAAGAAUAAGACGAAAAAAGAUAAGUCAAAAAAGAAAAUAUGAUUGAAAAUUUGAAGUUCUUCCAAUAAAACUUGUUCAUGUUCAAUAAAUUGAUAUUAGAUUUCA